CCGCGGCCCCGCCUUCUUCCUUUCGGCCGGAACCGCCAUCUUCCAGGUCGGCCCUGCGCGUGGCUCCCGGCGGCCGUGGUUCCACAGACUAAUUCGCCAAAAUGACGAACACAAAGGGAAAGAGGAGAGGCACCCGCUAUAUGUUCUCUCGGCCUUUUAGAAAACAUGGAGUUGUUCCUUUGGCCACAUACAUGCGAAUCUACAAGAAAGGUGAUAUUGUGGACAUCAAGGGAAUGGGCACUGUUCAAAAAGGAAUGCCCCACAAAUGUUACCAUGGCAAAACUGGAAGAGUCUACAAUGUCACCCAGCAUGCAGUGGGCAUUAUUGUGAACAAACAAGUUAAGGGCAAGAUUCUUGCCAAGAGAAUUAAUGUACGUAUUGAGCAUAUUAAGCACUCUAAGAGCCGAGAUAGCUUCCUGAAACGUGUGAAGGAAAAUGAUCAGAAAAAGAAGGAAGCCAAAGAGAAAGGUACCUGGGUUCAAUUGAAGCGGCAGCCUGCUCCCCCCAGAGAAGCACACUUUGUGAGAACCAAUGGAAAGGAGCCUGAGCUGCUGGAACCCAUUCCCUACGAAUUCAUGGCAUGAUAAGUGGGAAACAAUAAAAAAGACUUCUGUGCUGAUAAUGUUUCUUUUAAUUGAGUGGAAGUGUGGCGUCCCUUCCCCCCAAAGAAUAAUUAAAGAAAACUUUGUGUCACCCUAA